UUGCUAGCAAAAGCUGUGGAGUCUGGAAUCGGGUGCUCACUGUUUCUGCUUACAAAAUGCAACUUUCAAGCGUCUUCUAACAUAAAAAUGUCUAUCCAAGCACUAUAUUCGAUUGUUUGAUCUCGAAUGUGGAUGUUUUAUUCAGCAUAGUGUACAAAAAUGUGUUUAUACCGUGGUGUCUUAUUCGUUUUUCUGCUUUUAACCGGUUUCGACGCAUUUGCUAGCGCGAGUGAUGCAGCUCAUCAUUGUGCGCACAAGAUACAUGCUCAUAAGACGAGAAGACAUCGCGCGGCUACUGAUGGAGAGCUUCACUUCGAACCAGCGCCAUAUAACAAGAAAUUAGAGCUAAACGGAGUCGGCAAGAUACACUGUAAGGUGGCUGGUGGUGUCGCUCCCACGGUACAAUGGUUUUUGAACGACUCAGACGCGCUUCCCGAAGGCGUGACGUCAUCGAACGGCACGCUCCUCAUAGCGGAAGCGAAGCGGGAACACGCGGGACAGUACACUUGCAAGGCGGUGGAUGGCGAGAAGUCUAUUGUGGCCAAGAUCAGUGUGGAUGUUGUUGUGGCCCCGCGAGUACUAGAACCGUCGAACGGGCAACAGAUACACGUGCGUAUAGGCGACAACAUAUCGCUCAACUGUCGCGCCAUAGGCGACCCGCCGCCAACUGUGCACUGGGACAGGAACAGGACCAUAUUGAGUAGCCAGAAUGAAGACGUUGAGGUAGAAAAUGGAACAAACGCAUCCACCGCACGAAUACUUCUCCUAACCAACGGUACGUUACUAAUACGUAAUGUGACGGAACAAGACGCGUACCGAUAUGGAUGUACCGCGGGCAGCGCCGCGGGAUUGUCUAGAGCUGAAUUGGAGCUUAUUGUUCAUACAGAAAACGACCUCCCCCCACAAGAAUCGACAGGAGUGGCUGGCAAAGCGGUUCUCGUCUCCAUAUCCGUGGCUGCAGCAUACAUGGUGCUAGUGUUGGCCCUGAUGGUCUACUGCAGGAGAAGACGGCUCAAGAGACGGCAGCGGGGUGAGAAAGAAGAGUUGGAAAUGGUGGAAGGUCGAGAGAAGUUAGUAGAAGAAGGAGAAGAUAAGAAAGUGCCGCAAAAUGGAGUUCCCGUGCAUAAUGGCCGACUUUUGCAUGAGAGAGAUAGCGGCGCAGACGAUUCCGAGGUAUCGUGUAUGUCAAGAAUGUCAAAGAAAUCGGGGCGAUACGAUCAGUUGUCAAUACCAAAGUCUUUGAUCACGGAACAAAUUAUUUUGGGUCGUGGCGAAUUCGGUGACGUUUGGUUGGCGAAAAUAGAUUUGUUGCAAGUGAAGAAAUUGAGAAAUAAAGACGACAGUGACACGGAAGCUAAAAUCCGACCGAUUUUGGUUAAGGCGCUCAGUACUAAGGAUGAGACGCAAUUAGCGGAAUUCCGCAGACAACUAGAGUUAUUCCGUAAUGUCCGACACGAGAAUAUUUCUCGUAUUUUCGGUUUAUGCAAUGAAUCGGAACCGCACUAUAUGGUGUUGGAACAUACAGACUGGGGUGAUCUAAAAACGUUCCUAAUCGCAACUCGUACGGACGAAGAGAACGCGGAGUACGUAGCGCGAGUGGGCUCGUCCCACGCGUUGCCCAAACCGGCCCACGCUGUCCCACCGUUGGGACACUUGCACCGGGCAGUUCUGGGACAGCAACUAGCCAGCGCGGGUAGCAAGAUAGCCAGCAAGCGGGCUACGCAUCGUGAUAUAUCGGCUCGGAAUUGUCUGAUCACAUCGCAGUUGCAACUCAAGCUAUCUUUCCCAGCUUUAUCUCGAGGGCCACAUUCACAGGAAUACUAUAAGAUGCACGAUCAGGUGAUACCGUUACGUUGGUUGCCGCCAGAGUCCGUUCUAGAAGGGGACUAUUCCUCUAAAUCUGAUGCUUAUAUGUUCGCUGCUACUAUAUGGGAGAUUUACACCAAAGCGGAGUUGCCAUUCGCAAAAUUGAACGAUAACUCAGUGCUAGAGAGAAUCAAAAAUGGUUCCCUCGAAUGGACGGUCCCGGAUUCGAUGCCCGACAAAUUGGGAGCGCUGCUUAAACGUUGCUGGAACAAAGUACCGACGGACAGGCCUCAAUUUACGGAAAUAUUCGAAGAAAUGACGAAUGUAGUUCAAGAAAUAACCGCGGAAAAUGGAUCGCAACAUUCAAAGAGCGAUUUGAACGAAUGAACGGUUAAGUUACAGUGACCGGUGACGAGAAAUGGAUGGGUAACCGGAGUUUCUAAAUAAAUAUUACAUUUUAUAAGUAUUUAGAAUGUCACGUAUAGGAAGUUGAAUUUGCACUCGAUUAUAUUUGUCAAUUGUAAAUAUCGAUAUGGUUAAGCAACGUUACGCGCGGUCAGGUUGUGGAUGGGUGACCGACGCGUAGAAACAAUUGUAACUUGGAGAGAUUAAAAUUAGAUUGCAUAGAAUAUGUAUGUCGCACAUGUUACUUUUUGACGUUCUCUACCAGACAAUACUGUGUGCAAUGGAGAUAUUUUAAGUUUUUAAUAACUUAGUUUGAGAUAAUAUCUAAAUUAGAUUCCAUAUAAAAUGUAUGUUACACUUAUCACGUCUUGUUGGCAAUCUCUACCAGACAAGAUAGUAAGUGAAAUGGAGAUAUUUUAGUUUAUAAAUAACUUGGUUAAGCUAUUUUACAUCAAGUCCAAAGUCUGAUAGGUGACCGCGUUU